CCCUUAUUGUAUGCAGCUAACAGUCAAACAACAGUCCAAUCACAUAAAGAAGUUACAUACACAUUUCUAAAGGCAUAUUUUCUGCUACAUGAAGUGCUUUCAAUUUACAAUUAAAAGAGAAAGGCAUAAGAAGAAAAUUUUAAAAACAUGCCAUUCCUUUCAAAAGUGUACUAUCUGCUCAUACUCAGUAUAUGGAUAACAGAGACACUGCAAGUACCAGAUGAUCUUCAAUGGGGUAAAACUUGCCCGGCUGAAUGCCAAUGUGAAAUUAAAACUGCAACUGAAACUUUAAUUUCACGAUGGAAAGAUGAAAACAGUCUGGUAAAAUCAGCCUUAUGUGUUUUCAAAAAUGACAGUUUGGAUUCGAUUGUUGAGCUACCUAAUGAUACAGAAUCCAUUACAUUUCUACAAGCAGAUGAUGAUACAGUAAUGGUUUUUACUCAUAAUAUUCUCAAGACUAUCCCUAAAUUAAAAAGCAUUGAUAUGCAAGGGUCACUGAGUAAUGCAACAACUUACAUCACAAAUGAUGUAUUUCAUGAUCUCCAAGAUUUGAAAUAUUUAUCACUACAGCGAGUGGAUAUAAUUGGUGCAGAAAAAGCCUUCUCAAAGCUUUCAUCUCUAGAGGUUCUGUAUGUCAUUCAUUGUAUCAUAGAUUAUUUAAAGUGGGAGAUGCUUGAUGGUUUAAAGAAUUUAAAAGAACUUUAUUUACUACAAAGUGGAAUUAAAGAACUUUAUGGUUUUGCAUUCUAUGGAACACCAGAAUUACGGCGCUUAUUUCUGUCUCAUAAUGAUUUAUUUUCAGUUGAAGCAGAUGCAUUUGUUGGACUUCUAAAGCUUGAAUAUCUUGAUUUAAGUAACAACCAUAUUGAUCAUCUUUCUGGCUUAACAUUUCCACCACUACCACAUUUACAAUGGUUGGAGCUUAAGCAUAAUCCUAUAAAAGUUAUAUUUCCACACUGCUUUCGGUUCCUAAAUGGGACACAACAUCUUACAUUAGGCCACAAACAGCAACCAGUGCAUCUGAUGAAAUUUAGUUUCCGAGGGUUAUAUUCAUUGAUCUCCCUGCACAUACCUAACAUAGAUAAUGAUGCUUUGAUAGAACACAUGUUCUAUGAUUUAAGUUCAUUAACUCAUUUGAAUUUGAAAGGCAGGAUAAAAGUCAUAAAUAACAAAGCCUUCAAUGGAGCACAUAAACUUUUGAAGAAGCUUAUUCUUCACAACUGCAAACUACAAAAGGUGUAUGAAGAUGCAUUUUAUGGUCUAGAAAAACUUCAUUUACUUGACUUAUCUUCAAAUCUUUUACUUAGUUUAUCAGAUGGAACUUUCAAGUACUUAAAAUCAAUUCAACAUGUGUUGCUACAUAACAACAGAUUUAUACAAAUAUCAGAAGAAUUGUUCCUCACUCUGCCUACACUUAAAGUUACCACUUUGUAUAAUAAUCCAUGGAACUGUACAUGCAAGAUGAAGAACUGGAAAGAGGAAAUUGCAAUGCAUAAAUAUAUCGAAUUUGAAAAAAUAUGCAACCAAACGAAUGACUGUUCAGAUAAUUAUUUCUCUGAAUCUAAUGUAGAUUUGACACCCAGGUGUGAAUAUCCUCAGCACUACAAAGCUGAAAAUGUUUUUAAAAUACUUAAACUACUGGCAUGUGAUUAAUUCACAUAAAACAUCAAGAUCAAGGUAAUAUGUUUUGUUUGGAUUUGAAAAAAAAAAAAAAAGAAAGAAAGAAAGAAAGAAUUCUUCAAGGUAAGUUAACACAUGGGGGGAAAAAGAAAUACGCAGUUUUCACUUUAUGAAGAAGACAUAUGAGUUGAUCACAUCUGCAACUUAACAACAUAAAUUUUCCUUUAAAGAAAAAUUAAUGAUAUUUCUGCACUUUUAAAAAUAAACUUCCUGUAAUUAUAGAAAAUUUUGCAUGUUUAAACUAUUGUACAUAACAUUUCAUAAUUCAUUAAAAGCAAUUUUCAUUUAUGACUGUAAGUUUUCAUGUACCUUUAUAUAAAUGCUGUAUAUUCUACCCAAUCUGCAUUAUCUGAAUUCAACAGAACAUGAAAUGAAAUUAGAUUUUAUCAUUUGUUAUAUAUUUGGUCUAUUAAAUAAUAACUAAUUAUUUAACAUA